CUUUCUCUGGAUGUGAUGUGAUCCGGUACAAGUGUCUUGGAAGCAUCAUCAGCUUUCACAAUUGUGAAAGGGAGGGGACUGGAGCGAACGAAGAACAUACGUUGAAUUAAGCAGGUACGCCAGGAAAUAGAUUGCAUCAUCCACCAAACUACAACUAUUGGACUAAAUCCAUUACAGACAUGCAGGUCUUGUAACCAACGAUGGCUUACAGGAAGAGGCCAGGGACCAGUGGCUGCAGCAUGGUGGAGCCCCCCUCCCAGGCCCCCUGCUCUGCCCCCUAUCCCCCGGAGCAACACAGCCUGGAGCAGGAGGAGGCACUUGAGGGAGGAGAGGAGGAGGAGGAGGAGGACGUCCGCUACUGCAGCCAGCAGGGCCUGGAGCCAGAGAUGACGGACAGUCGUCCUGCCACGCCUGCUACACCAGAACAUGACCCCCAGCAUGACCCCGGUCAGGUUCACUUGGACCGCAACGAUCACGACGACCACAGUCACAGCGACUGUCACAGUCACCACGAGGUAGACUGCCAUGUCCGUGACCACGGUCACGAACACGAAGCCUGCCACGGUCACCACCAUGACCACGCUGACAGCCUGGACGGAGACUCCAGCUCCGACUAUGUCAACAACACUUCGGAGGAUGAGGACUACGACGAGGGCCUGCCGGAGGAGGACGAGGGCGUCACGUACUACAUCCGCUAUUGUCCUGAGGAUGACAGCUACCUGGAGGGCAACGUGGACUGUAACGAGGCUGAGGUGGAAUACGCCAGCAGCACCGUGCAGCAGGUCCAGUCUGAGAAGCCCACCCACACAGACGACUGCCAGGAGGCGGUGGAGGAGUGGGUGGAGGGAGACGUGGGGGAGGUGCGCUGCGAGGUGGUGGAGCAAGACCCGGAUGAGCAGAUCUACGACGGGCGACCGCAGCCCAUCCUCGACCACCACCCCCACCCCGCCAACCUCCUGCAGGAGGAGGAAGAGGAGGAGGGGGACGACAGCGAGGAGUUCCUCCCCAACGAAGAGGCAGAGGAGGAGAGAGAUGGGGUCGGCUAUACUGGGGACUACUACGCCCCAGAGGACAAUGGGAACUCUGUGGUUCACGUAGGGAGGUCUCCGUACCGUGGCCGUAAGGUGGUGGUGGAGGGGGAGACGGGGGAGGAGGCGGAGGAGGACAUUGACCAGAUAGUGGCCGAGAUCAAGAUGAGCAUGAGCAUGGGGAGUCUGAGCAGUGGAGGCACCGACCCAGGCCACAGUCCUGAGGAGCUGCUGGCCGACCCACCUGAGGCCCCGGCCAAGCUCGAAACCCCCACCCCCCACCGCCACGACAGCCGACCCAAGUCCCUCAAACUCCCCUCCACACGGCACAACCACCCCGAUCUCCAGAGGGGUUUCAAGGUGCGCUCCCGCACCCCGGAGGAGCGACAGAAGUGGGCUGAAGAACAGAUGACCAAUGAGGCAGAGCAGCCCAGGAAACAGCAGCGCUCUGACCUCAAUGUGCCUCUGGAGAACAACAACGUCCCUGAGCAAACAAAGAAGGCUGCAUCUUUCCCCAGCUUUGUUGAUGUUCCAGGGCCCUGCGAGCCAGAGGAUCUUAUUGAUGGCAUCAUCUUUGCUGCUAACUACCUGGGCUCCACCCAGCUGCUCUCUGAAAGGAACCCGUCCAAGAACAUCCGCAUGAUGCAGGCCCAGGAAGCAGUCAGCCGGGUCAAGAGGGUUCAGAAGGCUGCCAAAAUCAAGAAAAAGGCGAGUCCAGAGGGGGAUGCACAGACACUGACGGAGGUGGACCUCUUCAUCUCCACCCAGAGGAUCAAAGUGCUCAAUGCAGACACCCAGGAGACCAUGAUGGACAAUGCCUUGCGUACCAUCUCCUACAUUGCCGACAUCGGCAACAUUGUGGUGCUGAUGGCGAGACGCCGUAUGCCUCGCACAGCCUCCCAGGACUGCAUCGAGACGACACCCGGAGCGCCAGAGGCAAAGAAGCAGUACAAGAUGAUCUGCCAUGUGUUUGAGUCCGAGGACGCCCAGCUCAUAGCCCAGUCGAUUGGGCAGGCAUUCAGUGUGGCCUACCAGGAGUUCCUGAGGGCUAACGGCAUCAACCCGGAGGACCUCAGUCAGAAGGAGUACAGUGACAUCAUCAACACGCAGGAAAUGUACAACGACGACCUCAUCCACUUCUCCAACUCUGAGAACUGCAAAGAGCUGCAGUUGGACAAGCAGAAGGGGGAGAUUCUGGGUGUGGUGAUAGUGGAGUCUGGCUGGGGAUCCAUUCUGCCCACGGUCAUCCUGGCCAACAUGAUGAACGGUGGGCCGGCGGCCCGCUCCGGGAAGCUCAGCAUCGGAGAUCAGAUCAUGUCCAUCAACAACACAAGCCUGGUGGGGUUGCCGCUCGCCACCUGUCAGGGAAUCAUCAAGGGCCUGAAGAACCAGGUCCAGGUGAAACUGAACAUCGUCAGCUGUCCCCCUGUCACCACCGUACUCAUCAAGAGGCCAGACCUCAAGUACCAGCUGGGCUUCAGUGUCCAGAAUGGGAUUAUCUGUAGCCUGAUGCGUGGGGGUAUUGCUGAACGAGGAGGUGUCCGGGUUGGCCAUCGCAUUAUUGAGAUCAACGGACAGAGCGUUGUGGCUACAGCACAUGAAAAGAUUGUCCAAGCACUCUCCAACUCGGUGGGAGAGAUUCACAUGAAAACGAUGCCAGCCGCCAUGUUCAGACUCUUAACCGGACAGGAGACCCCUAUGUUUAUAUAAACCAAGGACAGACCCGGUUCUCCACAGAGGGGCUGCGUGCAGCGUCUGUUUACAGUCCAGUUGAAGAGCUCUGGGUGGAUGAGACACGACUAGCAGACUAAUGAGUGUUUGACGAUGGUCAGUGGGCCAGGCGCCUCCUUUCUCUCCUUUGUGUUGACUUUUUUCAUCCGUCUUUUUGGAGCUAACGUUCAUUCACCUGACACUCCUGAUAUUCUGCCAAUGUUAAUACUUACUAAAGAUGUUUCCCUUCUGUAUCUGUGUUGUCAGUGUUCAGUAAGACUACAUGGAAUGCAUUGUUUUGUUUUUAUAUUCAUAUCAAUGUAAUAUUGUACCUGUAUAUUGUUUCUUUUUGUAUUUAUUUUUUGGUGUAAAUACAUAUUUUGCUAAUGUGUUUUAAGUAAUGGGAAAGAGCCAUUGUUGCUCUGUAUAUAUUUGUUGACAUUUCCUGCUGGUUUGAGCAGGGAAGAGGGCCCUUGACUGCUAAAGGACGGUUGAAAGCCUGUUGUCACUCUAAUUUAUAUGGACAAUAAAAGUGUUUGGGAGGGAACUUAAUAUCAUUUAGUUGAUUUACUUUAUAUCAAGCCAAUGCAAUCAGCAGAGGUUGUAUCUUACAAAACGCCAUAUUCCUUCAAAUUUGAACUUAGUUUCAUUUCAGAGGGCAAUACAAAAGUUCAACCUCAUCCAGACGACGUGAGGUAACAUGUAAAUGUUUUUGACUAGUGUGCAAGUAUUUUUUUAAAGUCUGGUUGUCAAUAUACCUUUUGGACAGCAUUGGCUCACACAUUUUAUCUAGUCGAUUUAAAAUGAUUGAACUUUUAAAAAAGGAUUUUAAAAGCAUAAGCAAUGUAUAAAAUUUGAACGUCCAUUUUCUGUGUGUGCUAUGAAUGUUCAUCUUUUGUGUUCCACCCAAACAGACACUCAUGAGUCGAUAGUGAAUGUAAUGUGUUGUAAGAGCUGUGUCCAUUGACAUAAGCAGUAUUAGAAUGACUGUACUUAAAGAGAACCUUGUCUAGUAUUGUGCUCAUAAGCAUCCGUUAGUCACUGCAAAUGUCAUCCCUCUCUCCUGGGUUGUGCUUCAGCCUUAAGAAAGAUGAAUCAAGAAUCCCACUGUGACUGAGGAAGCCUUAUGAUUGAGUUAAGGCUUUUAACAUGCAUUGUACUAAAAAUGUCAUUUUAAAAUUAACAAUAUGAACAUUUAUCUGUGUGCAUGCCUCUUACUAUAGUAUCUAGUCAUUAUGGCAAAGAUAACAAUAAAAUCUCAAAUAAACCCCA